AUGAAUAACAAGUACCCUAUCCCGCUAACGGCAGACCUGUUCGAUAGACUGGGUGGUGUUAUAGUGUUCACCAAAAUAUACCUGAAGACAGGUUACUGGCAAGUCCGGAUUGCUAAGGCUGAUGAACACAAGACGGCUUUGCCAUUGACAAAACUCCUAAAGAAAGUCACGCCUUGGGAUUGGGGUCCCAGGCAAGCGGAGGCCUUCAACGCAUUAAAAGCGGCUAUGUCUAGUAGCCUCGUCUUGGCCUUUUCGGAUUUGGCCAAGCCGUUCAAAGUACAAAUUGAUACCUCUGACUAUGUUCUAGGCGGAGUCUUGCUACAAGUGUGGAAUCCAGUGGCGUACGAGAGCCGGAAGUUGAAGGAUACAGAAUGA